UUGAUCGCAGGUUUUUAGUCACGGUUUGACAGAACAAACAAAACCUGGGGAAAAUUCAGGAAGACUCGGCCGGAAAUCAUGGUAUCCAUAGAGACGCUAUCGGAAGUUGGGGUUGCUAGGAGGCCUGGGCGCGUCGGCUAACGUGCGUCAUGGCUGAAGUCCCAGAGCCUGACGUUUCCGGCCCAGUGGAAGGAGAAGAUCUGGAGUAUGAGGUCGAACUGCCUACGGCUCUUAAAGUGGCUCAAGACCCCGAAACUGACACGAUGGCAGAGGGAGGCCCGGAGCUGCCUGUAGAGACUGACCAGGAACCCCCGCCAGAGAUGGAGGAAAAAGAGCUCAAAGUGGGGGCGCCGGAGAAUAUACACCUACACGCAAAACCGACCAGCACGUCCAAGGAGGAGAUACCCAAGGAGUCCGAGAGAGACCUUCCUAGCGAGACUGAGCCAGGGAUGCCGCAGGAGGCAACGUCAGAGACAUGGAGAGAGAUGGGAGAAGAGCUUUUCAAGGAUUCCGAGGUCCUUAUGGAUGAUAAAGAGGAGCCAGAUUUAGAGCCACCGGAGGAGGCCAAAUUAGAUGUUACAGAGGAUGUACUCACAGAGUCAGAUAAGGAAACAGAUCUGGAGCUCCCAGAGGAGACAGAGUCUGAAGUUUCAGGGGCCUCGUUCAGUGAGUCAAGAUUAGAGUUGCUACAAAAGAACAUACUGGAGGUUCUGGAGGAUUCAUUUAAAAAGCAAUAUGCAGGAACAGGUCCAGAACCUCCGGAGCAGACCAAACCUGAAUUUCUAAGCGAGAAACCAAGAAAAUCAGUUGAGGAGGCAGAUCUGCAGCCGCCAAGGAUGACCAUUCCAGAGGAAGCACAAAGAAAAUCACCUGAGGAGAAAGGGACAGAGCCACCUGAACAGACUAAACCAGAGUUUCCAAAGGGGAAGCGAAGUAAGGCUACUGAGGAGGCAGGUGUAGAGCCACCAGAAGAGACUAAACCAGAGAAUCCAGAGGAAGACCGAAGAAAAUCAACUGAGGAGAAAGUUGCAGAGCCACUCGGAGACACCAAAUCAGAAUUUCCUGAGGAAAAAUCAAGAAAAUCAGUUGAGGAAAUAGGUUUAGAGCCAUCAGGAAAGACCAAACCAGAAGCUGAAGAGGAGACACUGAAAGAGUCAACUGUGAAGAAAGUUUUAGAACCAGUAGAGGACACUCAACCAUCAGAUCAAAAAGAUAAGCAGAGAAAAUCAACCGAGGAGACAGGGCUGGCACCACCACAGAAGUCCCAAUCAGAGGAGACAAUAAGAAAGUCAGGAGAAGAGAAUGAUCUAGAGCCAAAGUUUCCAAAGAAAGAACCAAGAAAAUUAACUGAGGAAACAGGUCAAAGGCCACCACAGAAAACCAAACCAGAGGUUCAAGAGAAGACACAAACAGAAGAAACUAAAGAGAAAGAUCUAGAAUUACCAGAUAAAGCCCAACUGCCACUAAGAAUAGUGUCAUAUACAGAAUUUUUCAAGGAAGAUAGGCCAAAACCAGUCAAAUUUAAAUAUUCCCCAGACAAAGAUAAGCUAGAACACUCUGACUAUGAAACAAGAAAGUGGUCAGUAAAAAAAACCAAGGCUAAAAGAGAGUCCACGUUUGAGUCUCUGAGAGUAAGUAAAGUAGACUCAAUGAGGGUAAGUAAUGAGUUUUCUAAAGAUUUUAAUGGACUGUUGGAAGUUACUGAUGAUUUACACUCUUACCUCUCAGACUCUCAGAGGGAUUUAAGAGUGUCUUUUAGUGAAAAAGUUGUAGAAUUGUCCCCAGAGAUGAAACAGGGCCCCAAAGAUGAAGAAACCCAGCCAAAAGAAAGUACUGAACUACAAUUUGAAUAUCUUAAAUGGAGCCCAGAGAAAGUUGCAGAGUGGAUUAGUGAGCUAGGCUUCCCUCAGUACAAGGAGUGUUUUACCACAAACUUCAUCUGUGGUCGAAAGCUCAUUCACGUAAACUGCUCAAACCUCCCUCAGAUGGGGAUAACAGACUUUGAGGACAUGAAGGCAAUUUCUCGGCACACACGGCUGCUCCUCGGAAUUGAAGAGCCAUUGUUCAGCCGUACCAUCACCCUGCCCUACAGGGACAAUAUCGGCUUAUUUUUAGAGCGAAAAGGUCACGCUGGGGUAAAAUCUGAUUCCUUGACCUUCUCUGAAUUUGUGCAAGCAGAAGGAUUACAGGAUUAUGCUCCAAAAAUAACCACCCCCGAAGAGAAGGAAGCAUAGCGUGACACUGAACUGUAGGGGAAAGCUGUUUCACUCACCUUGGAAGAUCAAACUGAACUACUGGGGGGGAAGAAGUGUGUUCUUUCGGGUUCUCUUCUCUUCUUCAUUAAGGAUUAGAGUUAGAACUUCUGGUUCCACUUCCAGUUCUAUCACCACCUCUCAGCACUUUCUCUUUGUUUGUGUUUCAAGUUAGCCCCAUGUUUAAGCAAAGGUAGCAAUAUUUCUCUUUCUGGGUAAUUCUUGAGAAAUUCUAGAAAUGCAUCUGGUCGUAGGAACAUAUUAGAGAAAUGGAAUUAAAAGUAAAAUCUCCCGCCAACCCGAAUAAGGUUCUCUGCAAAUGCAGAAAAAGAAACAGUUGUAUUAUUGAAUCAGCACUAAAUCAGCAGUGUUGGGCAUCACAGGCAAGGGAAGUUGCUAAAGAUUAUGAAGUCAAGGAAAUGCCACCCUUUUAGGUAACCAGCCAAAGGAAGAAUAAAAUUUCUCAUAUCUUGAUGACAAACAGGAAGUUACUAUGUGGAGUCAGGCACGUGGGUCAGGGAGACAGGGUGCCGUCCUCCCCAGUGCUCCCAUUUCAAAGACAUGGCUCCAAAGCCUCCCAAACACACAGUCUUGGAAUAAAAAACCAGCCGGUGACUUCUUCAACUUGUUAGAGGAUUUACAUACAUCUCAAAAACAGAGAAAGGAUUUAAAUUACAUGUUUUCUAAAGAAAAUAUUUUAAGAAAAGGGGGGAGGGGAGUCUUUCCCUUUCUGCAUUAGAGAAAAAAGGUUUUUAGUAUUUUUAAAAAUUUAUAUUUAUCCUUACAAUGUGGCUUACAGAAGUACCACUGACUAUGGAAUAGGGACUGGGGUUUAUUUACAAGACUCUUCUAUGUGGUACCUUCCAGACCUUUAUAAAAUGAAAUUCAAGGGGUGCCUGGCUGGCUCAAUUGGUAGAGAAUGCACUCUUGA